AUGCCGAAGGAAGUCACCGACAUCAAGAACUUCAUCGAGAUCUGCCGACGGAAGGAUGCCUCCUCCGCGCGGAUAAAGAAGAACAAGAAGGUGGGAGGCAGCGCGCAGACCAAGUUCAAGGUCCGCUGCAAGCGUCACCUCUACACUCUCGUGCUCAAGGAUUCGGACAAGGCGGAGAAGCUGAAGCAGAGUCUGCCACCAAGCCUCCAGAUCAGCGAGACACCGAAGAAGAACGCCAAGGGCAAGCGGAUCGCGAAGUCAUGA